AUGGCAUCCGAAGAAAAGGACCAGAUUCGACAGCUGGUCUGGCCACGAUUGCGAGAGGUCGCCAUUCCCGACUCGCGCUUUCACUAUGAUUUCUCAAGCUUCAUAGCAGAUUUCCAGGGCUCCGACUCCGCAACUAAGGGGUUGGUAUCAUUGCGCUGUUAUGCUGAUGCCCGGGUUGUCUUCAUCACUCCGGACAAUUGUUUGGAAGGACUUCGCCUGCGAGCACUAGAAGAUGGCAAAAAGGUAUUGGUGACGACCUACGCCAUCAGACGCGGAUUUUGGCUGCUAGAUCCGGCAGUCAUUGUAACGCCAGAAGCGAGGAAACUUGCUUGUCUCUUGGAUGCCAUGGAAAGACCUGGUCUAGGAAGGCACUUGAGUCUGGCAGAAAUCCAGCAGCUUGAUCUUCGAGUGGACUUGAUGGUGACAGGUACCGGAGCCAUCAAUCAUCGGGGUAUCCGAUUCGGGAAAGGACAUGGAUUUUUUGACCUCGAAUGGGGGAUCUUGACCACCAUCAAGGCCGUCAGCUUUUCUGUUCCUUGCGUUGCCCUCGUGCAUGACUGCCAGGUGUUGGAGGAGGAGCUGAAACCCGAAAUCUUCGACACGGUGUGCGACUACAUUGUCACACCAACCACGACCAUUGAGAUUGCAAAUCCGGGAGCCAUAUUGGAGAAGCCAACGUGUGGAAUUUUGUGGGAUCAGUUGCGACCAGGAAUGCUGGAAGACAUCCCUCCUCUGCAGGAGCUGCGACGGCUUCAAGGGAGAGAUUGA